AUGACAGGCAAAAGAAUUGUUGCAGACGGCAUGCGCAGCAGGCCAAGUAGAAGGGGUCUGUCUUCAAGCGACCUUCUCAGCACCGGGCAUCUUCUCCUCAUGUCGGAUGCGAAGGCGAAACUCAGGGGUGCAGUUGGAGCUGCCGCAGCCAUCGUGCUUAUCUCUCGAAUCCGAGAUGCGAAGCACCUUCCGCGGUUGCUGCUGGACAAGGGUUCACCUGAUCAGAGCUUGCACAUCUUGGCAUCGUCGCUGGCGAUUUACGGCUAUGAGCGACUGGUUGCUAUGAUCUUGCGCAGCCUCGGCAUGACGAGGAUGCCCUCAACCUUGGCUGCCAUGCUCUCCCUUUUCGUUGCUUUGCGUGGUGUCCAGAAGCUGAAGGACCGAGAGACUGCCAACAGGCUGGCAGACGUUUUGAAGCCUGGCGUGGACUUCCUCGGCAAGUGGAUGGGGCUGUUCCUGGCUCCCCCGCUGGUCUCCCUAGAUGCCUCCAUCGCUCGACUGCCAUCCUACAGUGGGGGAGUUUGGGCAAACACAUCUUUGUUGCUGGGCCUUGGAUGGGGUGCGACGCACAGUGCUGCUGCUGCUGUCGCCUCUUCCCUGGUGCCCCAGUCUGCCAAGCCUGCUACUUGUGCUACAUCGAUGCCUGCCAAGUUCGUGGCGGCACCUGCUAAGCAGGUCGCCAACGGCGACAAGCCGGUCUCUCAGGACGAGGCGGUACGCCGUUCCUGGGUGUUGCUGGGUGCCGCUGGAUUUUUGGGAAUGGCUUGUUCUCCGGCUUUGCCCUUGGUGCUACAUCGGCCACUUGGGAUGCUCUGCGAGAUGAGCACCACGGUUUCUUCCUUCGCUUUGGCGAAGCUCCUGCCGGACGCCGUGCAGCGCGUGCUUCACCCCCUGGUGAUCUGCGCCGUGUCUUCCAAUCUGGCAUCACGAUUCGUGGGCCCGACGGCACCUUAUUUCGAUGAAGGACGCGGAGUCGGAGACAAGCUUUUCCAGUGGCUUCCCGCGGCUGUCACGGGUCUUGGCGUGAGAAUGUAUUCCACCACCCCUCUUUGGCUGGACAAUGCAGAGGAUUUCAAGUGCGUGUUGGCCACGUGCUCGGCAUCCGGCUGCUUCUCUAUUUUGCUCUCGACGAUUGCUGCGGUGAACCAGAAGUCCCCACUCGCCGUUCCACCUCCGCUCUCGCUUCCGCUGCUCCACCGCUCGGUGAUGUCGGCUUUGGGAAUCGAGGGCUCUCAGGCCAUCGGCCCGGAAUGUGAUCCCAAACUAGCGGUGGCUUCCAUUCUCAUCACAGGAUGCAUCGGUGCUUCUCUGGGAAACGCAUUGCUGGAAGCAUUUCCAGCAAUCUUCAAGUCGUCCUCGCCAUUGGUUCGCGGUGUCGCUAUGGGUUGCUCUGCACACUCCAUCGGCACAGCUGGGCUGAUCUCCCUUGGGGACACAGACGCAGCUGCGAUUUCUGGAGCCUCGAUGUGCCUGGCUGGUACGAUGCACACGCUGGUGCUCCAAGUUCCUGGCGUGGUGUCCGGCAUCCGCUCCCUGGUCAGGGCCCCACGCCCCAACGGUCGGAGGGCAAUCACAGACGAGCGAGGAGGCAGCAACUUGAUGAAGGGAAACCUUCCGGAUCAAUGUGCAGCUGUACCUAGCAGGCUCUGUGCAAAGCAGAACCGAAGCGCAGUUGCAGAUGCGGAGCGGCGGGUGCGCUUCCAGGAGCCGGACAUCAUCGAAGUCGUCAGCUGGAAGGAUGCAACACACCUCAUGCAGUACAAAGGCAAAAAGAAGCUUGAAGAGGAGGAGUUCAUGCUUGGUACUCUAUCUUCCCUUCCUCAUCGUUUCGCUUUGAUGGCAGCCUUGAUGCCCAUGGUUGUCCGUUUUGCAAUCGGGAUCGUCGACACAGUGAUGUGA